AUGUGGCUGCGUGCUCUUCUUACAGGAUGUGGCGCCGGCGCCGACGAGGACGAGCAGGACGUGUCGAGCUCAGAAGACAGUGUUGACGAAGAGAGACCUGAUCAUGAGCAUGAGGAGGCCUAUGCUGCUGCCACAAGUGAGAUGAGACAACAGAUGGAGAAGAUUGAGGUCGAUAGGCUUCCUGGCGUCUCGAUUACUGGAGCAAAUGAACCUUCAGACUCGCUGGUGGAUGUCACCACCAGCAUGUAUGAGGUGAUGCUGAUGUACGCGUUGACCCGGAGAGCCUUGGCGGUGGAACAGGCAAACAUAUGCAGUUAUGCUAAGAUGAUGCUCUGGACUCAGCGCCUCAUGAAGAGCAGGUUCUGCCAUUUUGUCUUCAGUGCUGCGGAAGCAUGGGUUCCAGGUCUGAGCGUCCUCAACCAGGCCAAGGUGAGCUCAGUCUUGCAGUACAUGGGCUGCGUCUGCCGGGCUCUGUGGCUGCAAGAGCUGCCACAGGCAGACAACCUAAGACCUCAAAAUGGGGCCAUGACCAUCUGCCACCCAUUUGAUUGUGUGGUGCCGGAUUGCGUCCUCAGAGCAAUGGCUUUCAAUCUGAUAGAAGGGCCUGUCGGUGUCAUGAAACACAGACUUGCAACCUUGCAGCAGUGGGAGGUUUGGGCCAAGGAGUUGGAGAAGGCGGAGCUCGAAAUACAUGCAAAUAUGCCGGCUCACAUGCAGACGGUGAUGGAGGGCAAGAAGCUGCUGUUGUUGGAGAGGAUUGCAAAUUCCUUGAAUUGGCCAGAUGAAAAAAUUCAUGAACACCUCCGACAAGGUUUCCGGCUUGUAGGCCACCCCGAGGUGUCUGGGAUUUUUGCAAAGACAACCGUUCCAGCGUCGAUGACAGAGGAUGAACUGAACAGUAAGAUGCCUACAAUGAGAUGCGCGCUGUGGGAAAGGAUAAGAUGCUCGGCGGACCAGGAGCAUGAAUCUGCUAUAUGGGACAUCACCAUGGAAGAGUGCCACACCAAAGGCUGGCUGGAUGGACCAUACAACUGGGCAGAACUUGGGAACAAGUUUGGGCAUCGGUGGCUUCCGUGCAAACGUUUUGGAGUAUGGCAGCGAAAUAAGUGGAGACCAAUUGACGACUUCAGUGACAACGGAGUCAACAGUUGCUACAGCGUUGUGGAGAAGAUCGAUCUGAGAGCGCUGGAUGAGACCGUUUGGGUGUGCGCUGCUUUCCUUCGUUCAACUCUGGCCACAGGGGCGGUUGACUUUGAGCUGUCGGAUGGAACCAAGAUCAGGGGCAAGGUGCACACCUUCUGGAGGAGAAAGACUGGUGCAGCAGAUGUGAAGAUCAAGACCGUGGACCUGGCCUCGGCCUACAAACAGCUGGGCUUGUCCGAAAUAGACAGGAGCAAGGCCGUUGUUUCCCUGCGAAAGCCGGGCACGCGCGAGGUCUAUGAAUUGCUUGGAGUGUGCCUUGACGCAUCUGACCCCGAUGGAAAAGAGGUCAAGGUGUGGAACAAGAAGGGCAGAACUUUGAAGAUGGUGGAAGCGUUGGAUGACAUCCUACUUUCUGGACGUGUCAGACCGCGGGAAUUACCUUCAGUCUUUGGGAGAGUACAGUUUGCUGAGGCACAGAUUUUGGGACGUCAAGGGCGUCUUGCGCUGGCAGAUAUUCGCAACCUUGAGAGACGCCAGGCCAGAGAGGUAGUUCUUGACGAAACUGAGGUAGAAGCGUUCAAGAUGCUACGGCAGAGGAUGCUGUCUGGAAGGCCUCGGACCAUUGCUGUGUCAGCGCCACAGAGUCCGGUUUUGGUUUUCACUGACGGUGCUUUUGAGCCGUCUGGAGACGGAAUGGUUGCUACAGUGGGAGGGGUGAUUUUCACCCCAAAUGGUAAUGAAUUCUUGGUACGUGCUUUUGGAUGCAGACUUGGCCAGACUACCCUGGACAGGUGGUUGACAAAUGGCCGGAAGCACUUAAUUGGGCAGGUCGAGCUCUACGCUGUCGUUUUAGCUCGAGGCCACUGGAGUGCAUGGAUUGACAACGAGAGGACUGUCUUCUUUAUCGACCAUGCUGGAGUGGUUGGCGCAUGUAUAUCUGGAAACUCGCGAGAAAAGACCUGGCGAGAACUUUUGGUACUAUUGGAAGAUUAUGACUCCAAAAGCCCAUGUGUGAGUUGGUUCACGCGUGUGCCCUCGCAAAGCAACAUUAGUGACGGUCCGUCCCGAGGGUCUUGGGAUCAGUUGAGCGCAAGCUUUGGUUUCACUCGAGAUGCUAUGAAAUGCCCAUUUACGCACGAGCGCUUGGAGGAUAUAUGA